UUCAGCAAUGUAUAAUAAAAACUGCAGACCAAUGUUCUAACUAACAUCUGUAGUAAAAAAUUCGGAAGAAGUUCUACCGUCACAAUGAAGGUCGGAUUUCUCAACCUUCUGCUAUUUCUGUUUUUGACUUGUGGAGAUAUUGUGAAGAUAAAAACACAAAGAACAGACUGCUCAUACAAAAGACCUUUAAAGGGCUCGCUGUCACAGCAACAUCGGGCUUUUGUGAACUGUUGGGGAAGAGAUGUUGAGAGUGGUCAAUCGGAGCUAAUUGUUCUUAUAGACACAUCAGGAAGCAUGGUUUCUACUGGCAGUUUUCAAGGAAGAACCAUGACGGGCUUUCAAAUAUCAAAAGCAUUUGUAAAAGCCUUGCUAUCAGAAGUACGAGUUGCUUUCAACGCAACACGGAUCGCGAUCGGGACGUUUAGUUCAGACCAUCGAAUAAACUUCAACUACAUUUUAAAUCCGAGUUACGCCAAUACAAAAUGCAAAUUCAAUGAUGAUUUCAAAAAAUUAAAAUUUGAUGGAUUUAUGACGAACAUUAAAGGAAGCUUGCAAGACGCCUAUAACGUGUUCCGGUCCUUAGACAGUGACCCUGUUACACAUUCAAGACGUCCACGGUCGAACAAGGUAGUGAUUUUGCUAACAGACGGAGUAGGAAAUAUGGUUGGUAAUAGAGUAGAUUCUGCUGGUGCUGACGCGACACCGGAAGCUCUCCGCUUGAAACAGACUGGAUAUGUGGAACUUUAUACCGUGGGAGUCACUCACGCGACUGAUCAAAACAUGUUAAAAAAGAUUGCUACCGAUCCUAGUUUGUUCUUAUAUUCAAAAGAUUUUACAGAUCUUGGAAAUCUGGCAGCUAACAUCAGAGGAGAUCCUUAUGAAAAAGAUUAUGAAACACAUCAGGUGGAUGAAAAACAUUGUGAACAAUGUGAUGCAAAUGCAUUGUGUGGCUGUAAUUUGAAGACUGGUAACUAUCGUUGUGUUUGCAAACGUGGUUGGUAUGGAACAGGAGAAUAUAAAAGAACAGGACACACCUGCUUUGAAUGUUCAAAAGAUACUUAUGGACAGCGUCGAGGUUACACAAAUGGUUGUCCAAAGUGCCCUGCAAAUUCUGGUACCAAGCACAGUCCAGGAAGGCCAGCUUUGUCUUUGAAAGAUUGCUUUUGUAACAUUGGUUUUACUGGAAAUCCUGGUUUGGGAAUACCUUGCACUCCUACCCCAUGCGUUCCUGCACCAAGUAUAAACUUUGGUGUAAUUGUUAAUAAAGCAGUUUGUGACGAAUCGACGUACGGAACAAAAUGUUAUUAUAAAUGUAAACAGGGAUACAAGAUGACUACUUCCAGAGAUUUUAUCCAAUGCACUGAGAAAAAAACGUGGGAUCUGCCAGUGCCGAAAUGUGAAUUGAUCACCUGCAAAGCAACAUGGGUAGGUACCCCUGCUGCUACACAUUCCUACAUACAUCAGUGUAACAAUACAUUAAUGGACAAAAUUGAAAAAACUCUUCCAGCAGGAACUAGCUGCACAUUUACAUGUAAUCGAAAAUACUAUAAACACGGUGGCGAUGAAAAUAUUCAGUGUUUACAAUCCGGUGACUGGAAUGGCGAAAUUUUGGAUUGCAGAGAAAGCAAAUGCCCCAUCAUACCAAGACUUAGUAAAGUAAUAGGUGUCCAAGAUCCUGAAUUUGAUUGUUUCAACAAAACCCUUAAAGUUGGGGAUAAAUGUACAUUUUGGUGUCCAGGUGGUUAUUCCCUUAAAGGACGAGCUGUUUUUGAGUGCUUGCCUGGAUCAAGUGCCAUUGGUAACUGGAACGUUAAUACUGGAAUAACCUCUAAUAUCCCUACAUGCAUUGAUAUCGAGAAGCCAAAAUUUGCUGAUACUGACCGAUGUGACCUUGGCAUACAAAUUGUUAGUGAAACCUUGCCAGGACGAAACUAUGCUGACAUUAAUUUUGAGGUAAUCAAUGCAACUGAUAACAGUGGCGAUCCUGUAAAAGUAACAUGCAUAGAUGACACUGGUCAUUGUGGGUAUGAAAUGGGAAAAACAUAUCCAAUUGAAAUAACCAGAACAUCAACUGACAGAGUUAUGAAUGUUAAAUUUAAUGCAACAGAUUCCUCUGGUAAUUCAAGGUUAUGCAGGUUCCAGGUGACUGUCGAAGAUAAGGAAAAACCUAAAGUGCAAUCCUGUCCCGACAACAUCAAAGUAAAAACUGCCCAAUCAUCUCAAGCAGUAAAAUGGAAAGAACCUGUAUUCACUGAUAACUGUGGGGAAUACCCUGACUGCAAUGUUCAAAUCACAACAACUGUUGCAAGCAAUAGUAUUUUUUAUGUAAACGUUCCUAUUACAGUCAAGUAUACUGCUCGUGAUCCAUCUGAUAAUCGAAACGAGGAGUGCAAGUUUGAUGUUAAAUUGGAAGAAAUAGGAUGUGAGGCAAUUGAACCUCCUAGAGAUGGAGUUGUUGCAGUUUACAACAAAAUAGCUCAACCAAAGUGUCGUGUUGGAACUUAUCCAGACAAAUUGAUGUCAAAUCUAUACUUCUGCCCUAUGGGGAAGUGGGUUGCAGCUGGACAAGGAGUUUACCCUUUUCCUGAUUGUCUUCACAUGGAUCCACCAGAUGGUGUUACACAGGCUAUGCUUGUUCAAGUAUUGUUUGAAGGUGACUGUAAUGAUGUUGCAACAAAAACGCAAAUCAAAUCAGAUUUUAAAAGUUAUACCAGAGUUGUGGUUGGUCUUGAUGAGAUAGAUGUCUUUUGCGGAAGUACGACAUUAGUAAAUAAAAGACGUAGAAGAAGAGGUGUCAAACAGUUGACAGUUAAAGUCGCAGUCGUCACUUCCACUACAAAGGAAAAAGCUCGAGAAGAUCCAGCAAAAGUUUUGACAGAUUUGAAAACAAAAAUGACCAAUGAAAUAACACCAAACUUUGUGAAUAAUGUGAGAAAGUUAACAAACUGGAGAUCUCUUAACAAGUACAUUCAUUCUUUAAGUGGGAUCAAUAAACAAGGUUCACCAAAAGAAAAGUGUGUUGAAGAAGGGGAUGAACAAAACGAUAAUGCUGAUAUUACAAAACGAUGUUUAACGUGUGGUGCUGGAAAGUUUAAAAACGUGUUAACAAACAAGUGUGAAGAUUGUCCACCUGGUACGUACCAACCGGAAACUGGAAAAACUGAAUGUUUGCGUUGUCCUUCAGGAACAGUUAUUGUUGGAUCUGAUGUAAAGAAUGUAACUUCCUGCAAAACAUUGUGCAAGCCUGGUGAAUAUUCUCCAAAUGGACUGGCACCAUGCAGUGUGUGUCCAAAAAGUCAUUAUUCUGAUAAAACUAGGAGUACAUCUUGUGAAAAAUGUCCUGAUGGAACGCUGACUUUGGAGACUGGCGCAAAAUCGAAAUAUGAUUGUGGAACAUCUUGUUUACCUGGCACUUAUUCUUCUAAUGGUGUGGAGCCUUGUACUCUUUGUCCAAAGGGACGAUAUCAAGGAAAACAUGGAGCAUUUAAAUGUAAUGUUUGCCCGGAUUUGCAGUCCACUGCUGGAAAGGGGUCUACAUCGAUUUCUAGCUGUGUUGAUAAUGAUGAUUGCAAAAGUAAUCCCUGCUUAAAUAACGGUCAUUGUCUUGAUCUAAAGGACACCUAUAAAUGUGAAUGUAAAGAAGGUUAUUGGGGCAAAAGUUGUGAACUGGAAGUUAAUGAAUGUGCUUUGCAGCCUUGCAUUAAUAAUGGAACCUGUCUAGACAAGUUCAGAGGUUAUACGUGUAAAUGUGCUGCUGGUACUGCUGGUGAAAAUUGUGACUUGGUUGUGAAUAAGUGCCAACCAAGCACUUGCAGUGGGAAAGGAAAAUGUGUAGACCUGGCUAAUCAAAAGUUUAAAUGUGUCUGUGAUGAUUUUUAUACUGGUGAAUUUUGUGAAACUAAAGUCGAUCCAUGUUACCCCAAUCCUUGUGAGAAUAAUGGCCAAUGUAUUCGGAAAAGUGACUCCAAAGGAUUUCUUUGUAGAUGUGCAGCUGGUUAUUCUGGUCCUAAAUGUCAGGUCAAAGUAAGCUAUUGUGCUUCAAAACCAUGUCAAAAUGAAGCCACUUGUGUUGAACAGAGAGAUGGGUAUGCUUGUUCGUGUAAGAAUGGAUACGAAGGACUGCAAUGUCAAACUUUAACAAAUAUGUGUAAUUACAAAAAAUGUCACAAUGGAGGAGAGUGCAAAUCAUUAGUUGGUAGCAUAAAAUGUGUUUGUGCUCCUGGUUACUCUGGAACACAAUGUGAUACAAAGGAAUCAACAAAUUUUGAUAUAUCAUUUCAGUCAAGAGUUUCACCAUCUUUUGCGCAUGUCGAAGGACGCAAAGACCUUCAUCGAUUUACACUUGCAUUUUGGAUGAGAACAUCAGACACAGAGAAUGUUGGAACACCGAUAUCUUAUGCUGUACAGCACAGAGGGAAGUUGGAUGACAAUGCUUUGGUUUUAACUGAUUAUACAAACUUUAAUUUGGUAAUUAAUAACGAGACACAGUCUUUAGAAUUUGAUGGGAAUGACGGGGAAUGGCAUCAUAUCGCAGUAACAUGGCAAAGUGUUGAUGGUAUAUGGAUGGCUUAUAAAGAUGGUCAAAAAAUCGCAACAGCAAAGAGUGCAUUUCAAAGGGGAAAAUACAUUCCAAAAGGAGGUAUAUUUGUAAUUGGAGAGGAGCAAGAUGGCCUGGGCUCAGAUUUCACCCCAAUGGAAUCAUUCUUUGGUGAUAUAAGUCAGUUAAAUAUAUGGGACAAGGCAUUAUCUGCAGAUGAAAUUUAUGAUUUAGCUUUAUCAUGUCAUCACGAUAUAGGCAAUGUUGUUGCUUGGUCAGAUUUUGCAUGGCAGACAACUGGCCGUGUGAUCCACACCACGCCAUCAUUAGCAUGUGAUUUUAAAAGCAGCUUGAGAGAUUUCCAACAUUUAGAAGAUCACACGUUACCAUCAGAUCUGUUGCGCAAAGGAAAUGCUUUAACCAAACAAGUAUCCUCGCCACAUCAGUGUGGAGAAGAAUGUUUGAAAAGAUUAUCAUGGUGUCGAUCGUUCACUUACAAGAGUGGAAAAUGCGGGUUAUAUUCUGCAAGCAUAUUAAUUGAUGAAGUGGAUCCUGUGCCCAGUUUUGAUACAGAUUUGUAUCUCUUAAGUUGCAUCAAACCACUAGGUGUGACAGACAAACGAAUACCAAACCACAUGAUGACUGCUUCGUCAACCAAAAGUGGUUACUAUGCAUAUCUAGCAAGGCUCUAUUCAACACCAGUUGGAAACAACAAAGUUAUCUAUUGGCAACCUCAAGAUGGUACAAGUGCAUAUCUGCAAAUCUCCUUUCCAACUAUGGUGAAGAUAACGGGUAUUGCUACACAGGGACAUUGGGAUAGUAAUGUUAAGGAAUUCGCCACGUCUUAUCAUAUACAAUAUUAUGAUGGAAGUAGAUGGCAUAAUUACAACAGUUUUAAGGCCAUUCAAGCAAACACAGGCCCUGUGCAUGUUGUUAGAAACGAACUUUACCUGAAAGCUCGUGCGAUUCAGCUGCAUGUCCGACACGACAGUAGAAGCAGACGCAUUGCGUUCAGAGUUGAAGUGUAUGGGUGUCCAGACAAACCUCAAGGUACUCCAGAUAUUAAGCAAGACUCCAACCAGUGCCAAAGCAAACCGUGUCUGAAUGGAGGCACGUGUUUUGAUUUAUACAAAAGAUACAAGUGUGUUUGUCCACGUGGUUAUAGUGGAAGUAGAUGCGAGAAGAAAGAGCUUUGUUCCAUCAAAGACAUCGAUGCACCGUUAAAUGGAAGAGUUGUAGCUGCACAAAACGUGCGUGCUGUGUAUUUCUGCAACACUGGUUUUAUAUUUGAGGGAGCGAGACCAACGCCAUCUUGUGUGAACGGAAAGUGGCAGAGUGUGGUCGCACCGAAAUGUGUUGACGUGAAUGAGUGCACCCAGGGCGUGUGUUCUGAUGGUUGUGAAAACAGUGUUGGCUCCUUCAGAUGUUUGUGUCCUCUCGGAAAGCAUUUGAGUAGUGACAAAAGAACAUGUGUGGACGAAGAUGAGUGCGCCAAAGGAACGCAUGGAUGUGAAUACGGUUGCACGAACAAUGCUGGAGGAUAUAAAUGCAAUUGCAGGACUGGCUUCUACACACCUGGUCAAAGAAUGUGUCACGAUUUCAAUGAAUGUUCAUCCAACCAUAAUUGCGAACAACUUUGUGAAAACACGUUGGGUGGAUACAGAUGUAAAUGCAAACCAGGUUAUCGAUUGAAUUCGGAUAAACGCACUUGUACAUUUAUCCAAUGUUCACAUCUUCGUACUAUUUCGCGUGGUUCAGUAUCAGUGCAUGGUAAGAUUGCUACGUACACUUGUUCUGCUGGCUACAAAAUCGAUGGUGUGCAACAACGUGAAUGUCAAGCUGAUGGCCAGUGGUCUGGGCUCGAACCGAAAUGCUCUGCUGUUCAAUGUGUAUCGCUCUUGGCGCCCGAAAACGGCCGUAUACGAUCAAAUGGUGGCCACCGCUACAAUGCGAACGUUCAUUUCCAGUGUAACUCGGGCUUUAAAAUGAUAGGUUCCUCGGUAAGAACUUGUACAGGAGAUUCGACAUGGUCUGGAACGCAACCUGUUUGCGUGGUGCAAGUGUGUCCACGAUUUACUGUUGUGAAUGGAAAUCUGCUAGGAUUUGGAACUCAAACUGGAAGCGUUGUGCGAGUUGAAUGCAAUCGUGGAUAUUAUUUGGUGCGAUCGGAUCUGCAAUUUCGAAAGUGUGGAAGUAAUGGACAAUGGACUGGAGGAAACUCAGUACAAAUGCAAUGCAAAAUUAUUUCGUGUGGAAAGGUCGACAACAAAGGCAAUGCCUUCGUGUCAUACACGAACGGCUUAGAUUAUAACGCCCUUGCGAAGUACACUUGCCCUGCUGGUCAGUGCUUGGAAGGAAACGCCAUUCGAAGAUGUCAAGCUAAUGGAAAAUGGUCAGGAGACUCUCCCACGUGUAAAAGUAAAUCAUGUUGCACUCCCCCUGUUCCAAAGUAUGCCACCCUUUACUCAAAUAAUGUUUUCAACGUAAAGAAUACAGCAUUCAUUAAAUGCAACGAGGGUUAUAUAACUGGCGGCGAUGCCUUCCGAGAAUGUCAAUCUAACUACCAAUGGUCUGGAGCCGACACUUCCUGCACUAUCGUCGACUGUCAGGAUCCUGGUGUUCCGUCGCAUGGAAAAAGACACAUCACCACUACCACAUAUUUAUCGAAAGUGAAAUAUUUCUGUGAACCUGGUUAUCUUCUAAGUGGCUCUAGAGAAAGGAUUUGUCAAGUUAACGGGAAGUGGUCAGGAAAAGCAGCGUCAUGCAGACUUGGUCAAAACGGAGGACACAUUCGUCAAAAGUCCGGCAGGUUAACAUGCCACGGUCACGAUGUUUGCCACUGGCUUAUUCAAGUCACGCAGGGUAAAAAAGUCACUAUUUCAUUCACAACCUUCAAUGUUGGCAACGAAGACAAAAUUGAAGUUUAUGAUGGACAAAGUUACGAUCCCUAUGUGACGUUUACAAAAGAAUUGCGACCACGCCCUUUGACGUCAAAUGGACAUUUUAUGCGUAUCAUAGCGAAUGGUUUUGUCAGUUUCAACUUUGGUGAAUCAACUUGUGGUGGUUUGUUAAGUAACAAGAAUGGUGUUAUUACUAGUCCCAAUUAUCCGAAUCCAUACCCUCACAACCUGGACUGUUAUUGGACGAUUCAUCGACCAUACAAUCGAAUACAAUUGCGCUUUACAGAUUUUCUGUUGCAGCGUAGAAAUGUUGACUUUGUUACAGUAACAGAAGGCCCGUUCGAAAACACCGCGAUUUUGCUUUAUAAUUAUUACCGUGACGUCGUUCCAUGGUUGAAUAAAGACUGGGCCGAUCGAUGGUAUUGGAUACAUUUUCGAUCAGAUUCGACAUAUUCUGAACGUGGAUUUCAAGCACUUUACAGUUUAUACGAACCUAGGGUGUAAUCACGUGCAAAGUAAUGUUAUAAGAUAAAAUAAGAUGGCAAA